AGCAACAGCCUGUUACUAUGGGAGCAGAGACUCGCUAAACUAAGGACUUGGGCUUAGUUCCUCCGUGUAACAGUUAGUGUAAUAUCUGCUCUGGUCACACCAGCGUCAAAAAUGGGGGAUACAUCGGCUACAGACAACAGAUACGCUUUCAUAGAAGAUUAUGUGUUAAAAACUAUGAAACUGAAGCCCGAUCGCUGGCAGAAAUGUAUAGGGACGGAAGAGUACAAGCAGCCGAUUCAGGGUUUUUUAGAUAGGACUGAUCAAUUCGUGCUUGUGGUGUCAUUGAGCACAGCCGGACAAUUGACCACCUCCGCUGAAUUUCCAGCAAGUAGUAAAAACAAAGCUGUUUACUUCGUGAAAAAGUCCAAAGAUGCCAUUACUUCAGACUCGAUUAAAAGCAAUUUGGUUUACGGGGAUCUGUCUUAUGCCCCUCUGGAGCAGUUUUCAUCCCUCGUGGAGGAGGUGGUAGUUCCUGUUUUGGCCAACAAAAAAAACCACCACAAUUGGCCCUAUGUGAUCUCCCAGGAUAUUAACCGUCACGUACACACUUUGAAGAAUAAUGUGUUUGUUGUGGCCGGCCAAGUCAGAGGAAAGACCCUGCUCCCCCUACCAGCAGGGGCAGAGAAAGUGGAAGAUGCUGCAUAUGAAACUGAGAACAGCGGAGAAUUAGUUGACAAAAGUAUCAUACACUCUAUUGAGUCCAUUGUGAUUGAAUGGAGCCACCAGAUCAGAGAGGUUUUGAAGAGGGAUUCUUCUGAGCAACUCUUUGAGGGACGAAACCCUACUCCUCAAGUGGAGCUGGAGUUCUGGAAAAACAGAUAUGCCGAUCUGGACUGUAUUUACGACCAGCUGCGCUCCACAAAGGUAGCAAAGAUGGGUCAGCUGUUGGAAAGAAUGGAUAGCAGCUAUUACCCAGCAUUCAAAGCCAUGUUCCAGGAUGUGGUUGCCGGACUAACAGAAGCUAGCGACAUAAACCUGCACUUAAAGCCUCUGCAGCGGCAUUUUGAAGAUAUUGAGAAUGUGGAGUUCAAUGAAGCCAAGCCUAUGAUUGGCCCACUGAUGCACGUGGUGUGUCUAGUGUGGACAAACUCUAAAUACUACAACACUCCAUCCAGAAUCAUAGUGCUGCUCCAGGAGACCUGCAACCUUCUAGUACAACAGGCCCGUACCUAUCUGAACCCAGAGGAUAUUCUGAAAGGUGAAAUUCAGGAGAGUUUGAACAAGGUGCUCCAGACACUGGAUAUCCUACAGCUCUUCAGACAAACUUAUGAAGAAAACAAAGGAAGCCUGGGGAAAUAUUACAAGCAUGGAGAGGAGGUGAGAGAGUGGGAUUUCAGCUCUCUGAUGGUCUUCGCUGGGAUGGACUGCUUCCUUACAAGGGUGGAGACUCUUGAGGAUCUCUUGGUAACUGCUCUGGACAUGAUUAAACUGGAGAAGGUUGAAUUUGGAGGGAUCCGAGGGAAGGUUCUUAGUCAGCAGGUCCUAAGUAUGUAUGAAGAGUUUCAGGAAAUCUACAAAGUGUUCACGGAGCGCACUUAUGACUGCCUGGAUACCACUAACAUGGAAUUUGAAAAAGACGUUUCUGACUUUAAGCUGAAAGUAGAAGACAUCGACAGGCGCCUGGGAACAGUUUUCAACCAGGCGUUUGAGGAUGCAUCCGGCUUGGAGCAUGCCUUCAAGUUGCUGGACAUGUUUGGCAGCCUGCUUGAACGACCAUUGAUUGCAGCAGAUGCUCACGACAAAUAUCCUCGCCUAGUGAGCAUGUUUGACAAAGAGCUUGAUGGCUGUAAAGUCCUCUACAACAGGCAUGUGCAGAAGGAGGUGGAAUUAGGCUACACACCAGUCAAUAAGAACAUGCCAUCUGUAGGCGGUGGGCUCCGGUGGGCUCAAGAAAUGCAAGAACGCAUCCAUGUGCCAUUCGGGAACUUCAGGCACGUCACACACCCAUGCAUGGAAUCAUUGGAAGGAAAAAGAAUGAUACAGAAAUAUGAAGAGAUGAUGGAGCUGCUUGACAAGUACUCUCAGAAGCUCUAUAAUAUCUGGACGCAGACAGUUGCAGAGAAAUCUCAGUACAAUCUCACACAACCACUUAUUUCACGAGAUCCUGACUCCAAACUCAUUACUGUCAAUUUUAAUCCUCAGUUGGUGUCCGUAUUAAGAGAGGUGAAAUACGUGAAAUCAGGACAGACAGAAAUGAUCCCCGAUACAGCUGAAGAGAUCUACUCCAACAAGGAAUCAUACAGGCAGUAUGUGGCUAAUUUAGACCUCACCAUCAACUGGUACAAUAAGGUUGUAAAGUCUGUGCUGGAGGUGGAAUUCCCUCUUAUAGAGGGGCAACUACAAGACAUAGAUUCGCAGCUCAAAGAGGCGGAGGAGACGCUUAACUGGAAGGACGAAGGUGUCUGGGAUUAUAUCCAGACAGUCCGGGAUGCUGUCCAUGAUCUUGAAAGAAGGUUACAAAAAACAAAAGACAAUGUGGAGGAGAUGCAGAACAUCAUGAAGACCUGGGUGGCUCCGAUCUUCGAGAGGAAAGAAGGGAAGAAAGACUCCCUCCUCAAUCUGGACGACAGACAAGAGAGACUGGAGAAGCGUUAUAGCGCUAUCAAAGAAUCUGGGAACAAAAUCCACACUCUUCUGAAGGAAAAUCUAGAGCUUUUAAAAGCAGAUCCAAACUCAGACAUGUGGAAAGCUUAUGUAGAUUACAUUGAUGAAAUGGUAAUUGAUGGGUUCUUCAGCAGCAUUGAGUGUUCCCUUAAAUUCCUCUUGGAUAACACAGAUCCAAAGAGUGGCUUGGCUCCUUUGUUUGAAGCACAGUUGGAUCUCCAUGUCCCAGAUAUGGUGUUCAAGCCUUCCCUCGAGUUGGGGGCCAGCGAUGGCUUUUAUGACCUUGUGGAAGGCAUCAUUAAUGAUAUCUACAGAAUGUCUUCUCUAGUACUGAGGCUUGCAGAGCACAGCAGCUUCCCACAUUAUCAGGCGGACAUGGAAGACAUGGCAGACCUUGCAGACAUGCGUCAGUUUCUGAUGGAGUGUGUUCAGCAUGUCAUGACCAAAUGCUGUGACUACAGGAACUCCUUUGACCAUUACUCUUACCUCUAUGUAGAUGAUAGAAAGGAGUUCAUGCGACAGUUCUUGCUGUAUGGGCAUGUUCUUACCAGUGAAGAGAUAGAGGCCCAUGCUGAAGAUGGGGUCCCUGAGACUCCCCCCUCGUUAGAUCAGUUCAAAGAACAGGUCGACUCCUACGAGAAGAUCUAUGAUGAAGUCAACAGCCUGGAGCCCAUCAGUGUAUUUGAUGGAUGGAUGAAAAUAGAUGGCCGGCCCUUUAAAUGUGCCCUUCUGAACAUCAUUAAGAAAUGGAGCCUUAUGUUCAAGCAGCACCUGAUUGAGCAUGUAACAAACAGCUUAUCAGAUCUUGAGCAGUUUAUCAAAGUGGGUGAAAGAGGACUUGGUAAUAAGGUAGCCGAAGGGGAUUAUAGUGGUCUGGUGGAGGUCAUGGGUCAUUUAAUGGCUGUGAAAGAGAGACAGAACAACACAGAUGAGAUGUUCGAGCCACUGAAACAAACGAUAGAGUUGCUCAAGACAUACGAACAGGAGUUACCAGAAGAGGUUUACCAACAACUGGAGGAGCUGCCUGAGAAAUGGAACAAUGUAAAGAAGCAGGCAAUCCUAGUGAAGCAGCAGGUAGCUCCACUACAGGCAAAUGAAGUGACCAUCCUCCGAAGAAAGUGUGCAGCCUUCGAUGUCGAGCAGCAUAAAUUCAGAGAACAGUUCCGCAAGGACGCACCGUUCAGGUUUGACAGUGUAAACCCAUACAAGAUGCUGGAUACUGCCCAUAAACAGAUAUCUGAGAAGGAGUCGGACAUGUCUGGCAUAAUUGAGUCUUCUGGAUUGUUUGAAGUUAACAUCCCAGACUACAAACAACUGAAGCAGUGCAGAAAGGAAGUGUUCCUCCUGAAGGAACUCUGGGAUAUGAUCACGCUGGUUGACUCCAGCAUGAACGACUGGAAGACCACGCGGUGGCGGGAGAUCAACGUGGAGAACAUGGAUUUAGAGUGCAAGAGGUUUUCCAAAGAAAUUCGAGGCUUGGAUAAAGAAUCGAGAGCAUGGGAUGCCUUUGCUGGGCUGGACAACACCGUUAAGAACAUACUGACGUCACUUCGGGCUGUGGCUGAACUUCAAAACCCAGCCAUCAGGGAAAGACAUUGGCACCAGCUGAUGCAAGCCACAGGUGUCAAGUUUACAAUGGAUGAGGACACCACCUUGGCUGACCUCCUGCAGCUGAAUCUACACAACUUUGAGGAUGAGGUCAGAGGGAUUGUAGACAAGGCGGUGAAGGAGAUGGGCAUGGAGAAGGUACUGAAAGAGCUAAAUGCCACUUGGAGCAGCAUGGAGUUCCAGUACGAGCCUCACCCAAGGACCAAGGUUCCUCUGCUUCGGUCCGACGAGGAGCUCAUAGAAACCUUGGAAGAUAACCAGGUCCAGCUUCAGAACCUCAUGACCUCCAAGUACAUUGCUUUUUUCCUGGAGGAGGUAUCCAGUUGGCAACAGAAGCUCUCCACUGCUGACUCUGUCAUUUUCAUCUGGUUUGAGGUACAGCGCACCUGGUCCCACCUCGAGAGCAUCUUCAUUGGCUCUGAAGAUAUCCGAUCACAGUUACCUGAGGAUUCCAAACGAUUUGAAGGUAUUGAUUCUGACUUCAACGAGCUUGCAAAUGAUGCCAAUAAAACUCCUAAUGUUGUGCAAGCUACCAACAAACCUGGACUGUAUGAAAAACUAGAAGACAUUCAAAAGAGACUUGCUCUCUGUGAGAAGGCCCUGGCUGAGUACCUCGACACCAAGAGACUGGCAUUUCCCAGGUUUUACUUCAUCUCUUCUGCAGAUUUGCUGGACAUUUUAUCUAACGGAACAAACCCUCAACAGGUUCAGCGACAUCUUUCCAAGCUGUUUGACAAUACAGCAAAGAUGAAGUUUGACACAGACUCUGAAGGUAACCCUACUAAAAUGGGUCUGGGGAUGUACAGUAAGGAAGAUGAAUAUGUCACCUUCAAUGAGCCAUGUGAUUGCAGUGGGCAGGUUGAGACGUGGCUGAACAGAGUGUUGGAUACCAUGAGGUCAACUGUCCGUCAUGAGAUGACUGAAGCUGUUGUGGCUUAUGAGGAGAAACCCAGGGAGCAGUGGCUCUUCGAUUACCCAGCUCAGGUGGCCCUAACAUGCACCCAGAUCUGGUGGACAACAGAGGUUGGCAUUUCCUUUGCCAGACUCGAAGAAGGCUAUGAGAAUGCCAUGAAGGAAUAUUAUAAGAAGCAAGUGAACCAGCUGAACACACUCAUCACCAUGCUGAUUGGGCAGCUCUCUUCAGGAGACAGGCAGAAGAUCAUGACCAUCUGCACCAUUGAUGUCCACGCCAGAGAUGUGGUGGCCAAGAUGAUUUCUCAGAAGGUGGAAAAUUCACAGGCGUUUGUGUGGCUGUCUCAGCUUAGACACCGCUGGGAUGAUGAGAAAAAGCACUGUUUGGCAAACAUUUGUGAUGCCCAGUUCUUCUACUCCUAUGAGUAUCUGGGGAACACACCUCGCCUGGUAAUCACACCACUGACAGACAGGUGUUACAUUACUUUGACCCAGUCACUGCAUCUGACUAUGAGUGGAGCUCCAGCAGGUCCCGCAGGAACAGGCAAGACUGAAACCACCAAGGAUCUCGGGAGAGCCCUCGGAAUCAUGGUCUACGUCUUCAACUGCUCUGAGCAAAUGGACUACAAGUCUUGUGGGAAUAUCUACAAAGGGUUAGCGCAAACUGGAGCCUGGGGCUGCUUUGAUGAGUUCAACCGGAUUUCAGUGGAGGUGCUGUCUGUGGUAGCCGUGCAGGUUAAAAGCAUCCAGGAUGCUAUUAGAGACAAGAAAAAACGCUUCAACUUCAUGGGCGAGGAGAUUAACCUGUUCCCUUCCGUUGGUAUCUUCAUUACAAUGAACCCUGGAUAUGCUGGGAGGACAGAACUGCCAGAGAAUCUGAAGGCCCUCUUCAGGCCCUGUGCUAUGGUGGUCCCGGACUUCGAGCUGAUCUGUGAAAUCAUGUUGGUGGCAGAAGGGUUUAUUGAAGCCAGACUGUUGGCCAGAAAGUUCAUCACCUUGUACCAGCUGUGUAAAGAACUGCUUUCCAAGCAAGACCAUUAUGACUGGGGUUUGCGAGCAAUCAAGUCUGUGCUUGUGGUAGCCGGCUCCUUGAAAAGAGGGGAUCCAGGGAGACCUGAAGACCAGGUGCUGAUGAGAGCCCUCCGAGACUUCAACAUCCCCAAAAUUGUGACGGAUGACAUGCCUGUGUUCAUGGGGCUGAUCGUAGAUCUGUUCCCUGCACUGGAUGUCCCCAGGAAGAGAGACCUUGAUUUUGAGAAGUUUGUGAAACAGUCUGUUCUGGAUCUCAAACUUCAGGCUGAAGACAACUUCAUACUGAAAGUGGUCCAGCUUGAAGAGCUUCUUGCAGUCCGGCACUCUGUGUUCGUGGUGGGCAACGCCGGUACUGGCAAAUCCCAGGUCCUGAAGUCCCUGAACAAAACUUACCAGAACAUGAAGCGGCGCCCAGCCUGGGCUGACCUCAACCCCAAGGCUGUCACCAACGAUGAGCUUUUCGGCAUCAUCAACCCCUCCACACGCGAGUGGAAGGAUGGUCUGUUUUCCAGCAUUAUGCGUGACCUGGCGAAUGUCAGCCAUGAUGGUCCUAAAUGGAUUGUGCUGGAUGGUGACAUUGACCCUAUGUGGAUUGAGUCUCUCAACACUGUCAUGGACGACAACAAGGUGCUUACAUUGGCCAGCAACGAGAGGAUUCCCCUAAACCCGACCAUGAGGCUGGUGUUUGAAAUCAGCCACCUUCGUACAGCUACCCCAGCUACAGUUUCCAGAGCAGGAAUCUUGUACAUCAAUCCUGCUGAUCUGGGAUGGAAUCCUCCAGUUUCAAGCUGGAUUGACCAGAGGGAGGUCCAAUCAGAGAAGGCAAACCUGACCAUUUUAUUUGACAAGUACCUCCCAUUGUGCCUCGACACACUCAGAACAAGAUUUAAGAAGAUCAUCCCAAUCCCAGAGCAGAGUAUGGUUCAGAUGCUGUGUUACCUUCUCGAAUGUCUCUUGACGAAAGAACACACUCCGCCUGACAGUCCCAAAGAGCUGUAUGAACUGUACUUUGUUUUUGCUGCCAUCUGGGCUUUUGGUGGAGCCAUGUUCCAGGACCAGCUAGUUGAUUACAGAGUGGAGUUCAGUAAAUGGUGGGUGACAGAGUUCAAAACCAUCAAGUUCCCCUCUCAAGGCACCAUCUUCGAUUACUACAUUGAUCCUGAAACGAAGAAAUUUGAGCCAUGGUCCAAAAUGAUUCCCAAAUUUGAAUUUGAUCCUGAUAUGCCUCUGCAGGCGUGUCUAGUGCACACCACUGAAACAAUCAGGGUGAGAUACUUUAUGGACAGGUUGCUGGAGCGAAAAAGGCCUGUCAUGCUGGUGGGAAACGCAGGCACUGGAAAAUCUGUACUGGUGGGAGACAAACUGGGAUCCUUGGAUCAAGAGGAGUACAUGAUAAAAAAUGUCCCUUUUAACUACUACACCACGUCUGCAAUGUUGCAAGCUGUCCUUGAAAAGCCUUUGGAGAAGAAAGCUGGUAAGAACUAUGGGCCGCCUGGUACCAAGAAACUAAUCUACUUUGUUGAUGACAUGAACAUGCCAGAGGUAGACACCUACGGCACCGUCCAGCCUCAUACUCUCAUCAGACAGCAUAUGGAUUACCACCACUGGUAUGACAGAAGCAAGCUGUCAUUGAAGGAGAUUCACAAUGUGCAGUAUGUCUCCUGUAUGAAUCCUACGGCUGGUAGUUUCACCAUUAAUCCAAGACUUCAGCGUCAUUUCUGUGUGUUUGCACUUUCCUUUCCCGGAGUGGAUGCUUUGGCCACUAUCUACAGCUCCAUCCUCACGCAGCAUCUGAAAGUGGGGAACUUCUCAGUGGCUUUACAGAAGUCUGCCACGCAGCUCAUUAAUCUGGCCCUGGCACUGCACCAGAAAGUAGCUUCAGUCUUCCUGCCCACCGCUAUCAAAUUCCACUACAUCUUCAACCUGAGAGACUUCUCCAAUAUCUUCCAGGGCAUUCUUUUCUCUAUGCCUGACUGCCUGAAAACUCCCCAGGACCUGAUGAAGUUAUAUCUACACGAGUCCAACAGAGUCUACAGAGACAAGAUGGUGGAUGAAAAGGAUUUUGGGGUCUUUGAUAAAAUACAGACUGAUUUGGUGAAAAAGUUUUAUGAGGAUAUCGAGGGAACUCUUGAAGAGACGAUGAAAAUGAACAUGUACUGUCAUUUUGCUGCCGGCAUCGGUGAGCCCAAGUACAUGCCGGUUCAGUCCUGGGAGUCCUUGAAUAAAACCCUCGUGGAAGCACUGGACAAUUAUAAUGAAGUCAAUGCUGUGAUGAACCUCGUUCUCUUUGAAGAUGCCAUGUGUCACAUCUGUCGUAUCAAUCGCAUCCUGGAGUCCCCCCGGGGAAACGCUCUCCUGGUUGGAGUAGGUGGCAGUGGCAAGCAAAGCCUGACAAGACUGGCAGCUUCUAUAAGCUCCUUGGAGGUCUUUCAAAUUACUUUAAAGAAAGGCUACAGCAUUCCUGACCUUAAGACUGAUUUGGCGACCCAGUAUAUAAAAGCCGGAGUAAAAAACAUUGGUACUGUAUUCCUAAUGACUGACGCCCAAGUAUCAGAUGAAAAGUUCUUAGUCCUGGUCAAUGAUCUCCUGGCAUCAGGAGAAAUCCCUGAUUUGUUUCCAGACGAUGAAGUUGAGAAUAUCAUCAGCAGCGUGAGGAAUGAAGUGAAGGGCCUGGGCUUGAUGGAUACCCGAGAAAACUGCUGGAAAUUCUUCAUAGACCGCGUUCGAAGGCAGCUCAAGGUUGCCCUGUGCUUCUCACCCGUUGGUAACAAGCUAAGAGUGCGCAGCAGGAAGUUCCCGGCUGUUGUCAAUUGCACAGCGAUAGACUGGUUCCACGAGUGGCCUCAGGAAGCUUUAGAGUCUGUCAGCUUGCGUUUCCUCCAGGAGACGGAAAACAUUGAGCCCACAGUAAAGGAGUCGGUCAGCAAAUUCAUGGCGUACAUUCACACCAGUGUGAAUGAGAGCUCCAAAGUUUAUCUGGCUAAUGAUCGUCGCUACAACUACACCACCCCCAAGUCCUUCCUGGAGCAGAUCAAACUGUACCAGAACCUGCUAGGAAAGAAGAGCAAAGAGCUGACAGCCAAGAUGGAGCGUCUAGAGAAUGGCUUGCAGAAACUCAACAGCACGUCUGCACAGGUGGACGACCUGAAAGCCAAACUGGCGGCCCAGGAAGUGGAGCUAAAACAGAAGAACGAAGACGCUGACAAGCUGAUCCAGGUGGUUGGGGUGGAGACUGAGAAAGUGAGCAAGGAGAAGGCUAUCGCUGAUGAGGAAGAGCAGAAGGUAGCUCUGAUCGCUAAGGAAGUCACCAAGAAACAGAAGGAUUGUAAAGAAGAUUUAGCCAAGGCAGAGCCAGCACUACUUGCAGCCCAGGAAGCUCUGAAUACUCUUAACAAGAACAACUUGACAGAGCUAAAGUCUUUUGGUUCGCCAGUCUUGGCUGUCACUAACGUCACAGCCGCCGUCAUGGUGCUCAUGGCACCCGGGGGAAAAGUUCCCAAAGACCGAAGCUGGAAAGCGGCAAAGGUCAUGAUGGCCAAAGUAGACAGCUUCUUGGAUGCCCUGGUCAAUUUCAACAAAGAGAAUGUCCAUGAUAACUGUCUGAAAGCUCUCCAGCCUUACCUCAAGGACCCUGAAUUUAAUCCUGAAUUGGUGUCAUCGAAGUCCCUUGCAGCAGCUGGUCUGUGUUCCUGGGUUAUUAACGUUGUGAAGUUCUAUGAAGUGCAUUGUGAAGUGGAGCCCAAACGCCAAGCCCUGAAUAAAGCCAACGCCGAUCUAGCUGCUGCCCAGGACAAACUGUCCAUUAUCAAGUCCAAAAUUGCUAUCCUUAAUGAGAACUUGGCGAAGCUGACAGCCAAGUUUGAGAAAGCUACUGCAGACAAACUGAAAUGCCAGCAAGAAGCAGAAUCCACUGCACGGACCAUCUCUCUCGCCAACCGACUGGUUGGAGGACUAGCAUCAGAAAAUGUGCGUUGGGCAGAUGCAGUUGGAAAUUUCAAAAAACAGGAGAGUACAUUAUGUGGAGAUGUUUUGCUGAUCACAGCGUUUGUGUCCUACUUGGGAUAUUUCACCAAGAAGUACAGAGUUGAAUUAAUGGAUGGGUCUUGGAGGCCAUAUCUCAAUCAGUUGAAGGUGCCGAUUCCAGUCACUCCUGAAUUAGAUCCCUUGACGAUGCUUACUGAUGAUGCAGAUGUUGCAGCCUGGCAAAACGAGGGUCUCCCUGCAGAUCGAAUGUCUACAGAGAAUGCUACCAUCCUCACCAACUGUGAACGCUGGCCUUUAAUGGUGGACCCACAGCUGCAGGGAAUCAAAUGGAUCAAAACCAAGUAUGGAGAAAAUCUCAGAGUUAUCCGGAUUGGCCAAAGAGGCUAUCUCGACUCAAUGGAGAGAGCGCUGUCAGACGGGGAAGUGGUUUUGAUUGAAAACUUGGAAGAGUCGGUCGAUCCAGUUUUGGGGCCGCUGUUGGGUCGUGAAACAAUCAAGAAGGGCAGGUAUAUGAAGAUUGGUGAUAAGGAAUGCGAGUACAACCCCAGUUUCCGCCUCAUUCUACACACCAAAUUGGCAAACCCCCACUACCAGCCUGAGCUGCAGGCCCAGUGCACCCUCAUCAACUUCACCGUCACCAGAGAAGGACUAGAGGACCAGCUGCUGGCCGCUGUGGUCAGCAUGGAGAGACCCGAUCUGGAGGAGCUCAAGUCCAACCUCACAAAGCAGCAGAACGGCUUCAAGAUCACUUUGAAAACUUUGGAAGACAACCUGCUUUCCCGUCUUUCUUCUGCCUCUGGGAACUUCCUGGGAGACACAGCACUCGUGGAAAACCUGGAAACCACCAAAAGGACGGCUGCCGAAAUUGAGGAGAAGGUGAAGGAAGCCAAGGUGACAGAAGCGAAAAUCAAUGAGGCGAGAGAACACUACAGGCCUGCAGCUGCCAGAGCAUCUUUAUUAUACUUCAUAAUGAAUGACCUCAAUAAAAUCCACCCCAUGUACCAGUUCUCUUUGAAGGCAUUCAGCGUGGUAUUCCAGAAGGCUGUGCUGAAAGCCCCUUCAGAUGACACUCUCAAGCAGCGAGUAUCAAACCUCAUCGAUAGCAUCACCUUUUCUGUCUUCCAAUAUACAACACGAGGGCUGUUCGAAUAUGAUAAACUGACCUACACAGCACAGCUUGCCUUCCAGAUAUUGCUUAUGAAUAAAGAAAUAAACGCAGUUGAACUGGACUUCCUUCUGAGAUAUCCAGCCCAACCUGGUCUCUCCAGUCCAGUUGAUUUCCUUUCGAACCUGUCCUGGGGUGGAAUCAAGUCACUGUCCUCCAUGGAAGAGUUCCGUAAUUUGGACCGGGAUAUCGAGGGCUCUGCAAAGCGCUGGAAGAAGUUUGUGGAAUCAGAGUGUCCAGAGAAGGAGAAGUUUCCACAAGAGUGGAAAAACAAAACUGCCCUCCAGCGGCUGUGUAUGAUGAGAGCGAUAAGGCCUGACCGCAUGACCUAUGCAGUGAGGGAUUUUGUGGAAGAGAAACUGGGAAGCAAGUACGUGGUGGGCAGAUCUAUGGACUUUUCAACCUCGUUUGAAGAAUCUGGGGCAGCUACUCCAAUGUUUUUCAUUCUUUCUCCUGGUGUUGACCCACUUAAGGAUGUUGAGAAACAAGGCAGGAAACUGGGUUAUACCUUUGACAACAGAAACCUCCACAAUGUGUCUCUGGGACAAGGGCAGGAAAUUGUAGCAGAACAAGCCUUAGAUCUGGCAGCCAAAGAUGGACACUGGGUGAUUCUGCAGAAUAUCCACCUGGUAGCCAAGUGGCUGGGUACCCUGGAGAAAAAACUGGAGCAGCACAGUGAAGGCAGCCACGGGGAGUUCCGUGUCUUCAUUAGCGCCGAGCCUGCCUCCUCUGCGGACAGCCACAUCAUCCCUCAGGGCAUCCUGGAAAACUCCAUCAAAAUCACCAACGAGCCGCCAACAGGAAUGCACGCCAACCUACACAAGGCUCUAGACAAUUUCAAUCAGGACACUUUGGAGAUGUGUGCACGUGAGAGCGAGUUUAAGAGUAUUCUCUUUGCUCUGUGCUACUUCCACGCCGUGGUGGCUGAGAGGCGAAAAUUCGGACCACAAGGCUGGAACCGGUCAUACCCCUUCAACACCGGAGACCUCACUAUAUCUGUUAAUGUUCUUUACAAUUAUCUGGAGGCUAAUUCCAAGGUCCCUUACGAUGAUCUGCGCUAUCUGUUUGGAGAGAUUAUGUAUGGAGGUCAUAUCACAGAUGACUGGGACCGACGGCUGUGUAAGACCUAUUUGGAGGUGUUCAUUAAGCCAGAGAUGAUGGAGGGAGAGCUCUCCCUGGCACCAGGCUUCCCUCUGCCAGGCAACAUGGACUAUAACGGCUAUCACCAGUACAUUGACGACAUGCUUCCCCCUGAGUCUCCUUACCUCUACGGUCUUCACCCCAAUGCUGAGAUCGGAUUCCUCACCCAGACCUCGGAGACUCUCUUCAGGACUGUGCUGGAGAUGCAGCCAAGAGACAGCAGUGGAGGGGAGGGUGGAGGAACCACCAGGGAAGAGAAGGUGAAGGCUGUUUUGGAUGACAUUAUGGAGAAGCUGCCAGAUGAUUUUAACAUCCCUGAGCUGAUGGGCAAGGUGGAAGAGAGGACACCUUACAUUGUGGUUGCCAUCCAGGAGUGCGAGCGCAUGAACAUGCUUACCCGGGAGAUCAAGCGCUCCCUCAAAGAGCUCAACCUGGGGCUGAAGGGUGAACUAACAAUGACCAGCGAUAUGGAAAACUUACAGAAUGCCAUUUUCCUGGACCAAGUGCCAGAGUCUUGGACCAAACGGGCAUACCCUUCUAUGGCUGGACUGGCAGGCUGGUUUGUCGACCUCCUCAGCCGGAUCAAGGAGCUGGAAACCUGGACCUCAGACUUUGCUCUCCCAUCCGUAGUGUGGCUCGCAGGCUUCUUUAAUCCUCAGUCCUUCCUUACAGCCAUCAUGCAGUCCAUGGCGAGAAAGAACGAAUGGCCCCUGGACAAAAUGUGCCUGCAGUGUGACGUCACGAAAAAGAACCGAGAGGAUUUCAGUAGCCCCCCGCGAGAGGGGGCCUAUGUGCAUGGCCUGUUCAUGGAGGGAGCUCGGUGGGACACUCAGACUGGAAUAAUGGCAGAUGCUCGACUGAAGGAAUUGACACCACCCAUGCCAGUCAUUUUUAUUAAAGCGAUCCCAGUGGAUAAACAGGAGACCCGCAAUGUGUACCCCUGUCCAGUUUACAAGACAAGGCAGAGAGGGCCCACCUUCGUCUGGACCUUCAACUUGAAGACCAAAGAAAACCCUUCAAAAUGGGCCUUAGCUGGGGUGGCACUUCUCCUGCAGAUUUAAAGGAACACAUUUGUUCUUGCCUUUAAAAAGUCCAGUAAAGCCUUUUUAUAUAUGUUAUUAUUUUUUGUUUCACCAUUUAGUUUGAGCAAAAUUGGAAGCACAGUACAUGCACUUUAUUUUCUAUACACACAGAGUUUAUCAUAAUGCAUUUUAGAUAUAUUCUAUUGCAGGAUGAAUUUGCAUUUUUGUGUACAGUAAUAAAAUUUAAUUUAUAAACUCUGUUGUCUAAUUGUGUGUUGCAAAAGUAGCUGCUCUACAUAUAUAACUACACUCAGUGGUUCUGAGGAACAUUACUAGAAUGUAAGUCGAGUAGACAACUGUUUCGGCUAAUGCCUUUGUCAGUGUGCAAAUGUGGCUUGUUCUGUAUUAUUUAUUGUAAGUGCAGUAGGACUUAGGAAAGGAGGAAAGCACGAUCAAUUUCCUUAUGAAAGAUUUGUAUUAUGCUAUACAAUGUUUUGAAGUUUAGUCCCCUUGAGAAUAUGAAAAUCCAUGAUCUUGUUUCUAAAUAUUGUCAUUACUCUUUAGGCAAAUGCAUUUAGUAUGGAAAAUUGCUAUGGAAAGAAAUGUCUCUGCAAGUCAAAUCCUCUGUAUUUUAACAUGAUAUAAAGUGAUAUAACUAUCUGAAAUUUCUUGGUUGAAUCAGAUGGAAAUAAAAAUUAGCUGUCCUGUUUAUUUAUUCUGACAUAUAUUAUUUAAAAAAAACAUAGUAUAGGGUGCUGUGUAAGACACAAGCUGAUUGUCACCCUGUAAGCCCACUCAUGGCUAAGUCACUUGCGUGCAGCGGCGAUUGUGUCGUACAGCACCCUAUAUGAUAUCCCAAAUAUAUUGCAUAUGUUAUGGUAAUACAUAACUUCAAAUUGUAUUCAGUGCCUAGAUAUAGAUAGAUAUGUGUCUAGACCAGGACAGCUUUGGGAUAUAGUCUGAGGAUCAACUGGUUUGAUUUAAUAUUUAAAGCGGUAUACCAGUGGGAAUUUAAAGAUUUAGAAAGUUGAGAAGUAUAUAGAGAGUAAAUGGUA